AUACUAAAGUUUAUAAUCAAGAAACACGUUCAUCGUAUGCAUUCAAUUCAAAAAAGAAACAAUGGAUAAGUUGUGAUACAGUUGAUGAUGUUGCAUUGAUAGCUCGCUAUGCUAAUUUACAAGGAUUAGCUGGUGUGACAUUAUCAUCACUAGGACAAGAUGAUGUUGAUGGACGAUGUGGAAAUGGUCCUUACCCAUUAUUACAUGCUGUUGCUGGUAUUUCUAAUCAAAAUACUAUUCAAGAAACUACUACUACUACACAAUCUAUUGAUAAUAAAAGAGUUCGUACUAAUCAAGUGCAUAAUGUAUUCUGUUCUGUAAAUUCAAAUGCUGAUACAUAUUAUGGUUCAACACAAUUUACAUUAGAUCAAAUUGAUUCAAACCUUUGUACACAUAUAAUAAUUGAUCAUAAUAAUUCGUUAUUUUCUGCAUCUGUAUCGGAUCAAUUAAAAAGUCAAAAUACAGAUUUAAAAUUUCUCCUUACGAUUAAUUCCAAUGAAAAUAUAACUAUUAAUCAAUGGGAAGAUCUUCUUGAAAAAAAUAAAGCUGAUGGCAUUAAUAUUUGUAUGGAUUCAAAAACAAUCACACACGAUUUUCUUAAACAAAUUGCAACAAUCAAAUCAAUUUUACCUGAUAAAUAUAUGAUAACAAUAUCAUUUCAAUCACCAGCUGAUGCAUCAGAUCAAAAAUUACUUUAUAAAAUACUUGCUUUAUAUGAAUUUGUUGAUUAUCUUAUUGUUCUUCCAUUUGAUGAAAAAUCCAUUGGAAAUUUUAAAGAACUUCAAUCAUGGAAUAGUCUUGCUGCACUUAUUCAAGCUAAUCCAGAUAAACAUAUUGGAGAUUUUUCAAUGGCUUCAAUACUUGCCUUUAUUCUUUCAUCUGAUGUACCAAAAGAAAAAUUGAUUAUGGGUAUUCCAACAUAUGGUCUUUCAUUUUUAUUAGAAAAUGAAAAUAAAUAUUCUAUUGGUGAUAAUAUCUUAGCUUCAGGUUUACCAGGACGUAUCACACAUAUACCAGGCAUACUUGCAUCUUAUGAAAUUUGUAAUGCUAUUCAAUCGAAUAAUUAUGAAAGAUUUUUAAGUAAUGAAAGUGUUAUAGUUAUGGCACAUAAGAAAGAUAAUUUAAUUCUAUUUGAUGAUACACAAUCAUUACAAUUACCAAGAAGAAUUGUUAAUGGAACUGUUGAAUUAAAAGGAAAAUUUAUUAAACAAUCUCAAUUAGGUGGUGUACUUGUACAUUCAAUUGAUAUGGAUGAUUAUUCCGGUAAAUUUUGUAAUCGUGGUAAAUAUCCUAUUACAUCUGUUAUAUCUGGAUUAUUUUCAAAACCAAUAACACCUCCAUCGAUUGAAACAACGACAACUCCUUCAAAACAAAAAACUGGUUUAUGUUCAGGUAUAAAAACAAAAGAUUUAAUCGUUGAUGAAGCUGAUUGUCAUUACUAUUAUGUAUGUCUACCAAAUAUUGAUGCACCAGUUGCACAUUUACAAUGUCCAUCCAAUAUGCGUUUUUCAAAACGAUUGAAAGCAUGUACACAAGAAGAUUUACCUUGUUCUUCAAAACCAAAGGUCAAUAAAAAUAAAGAAACUUUAGAAGCAACAACAUCAGAAACUAAACCAAAAUUCAUAUGUCCAAUGCCAGAUGGUAUCUUUGCUGAUGUAUCUGACUGUACACAAUAUUUUGCAUGUUCAAAUAAUAUCAUUUCUCCAAUGAAAUGUCCAGCAUCACUGAAAUUUAAUUCUCAAUCAAAACAAUGUGAUUGGUCGUCGGACUUGUGUCCUUAA